CAGCUGGUCAUGAAGUUUCCUUUUCCCCUCCCUCAUAUGCCAUCCUUCUUCUUUCUCUCUUCCUCUUCUUCUUUCAACAUCACCACUACCUUCACUUCUCUCUCUCCUGAUUUCCCACACACAGCCAAUUCACCAUGGAGAUCAAGUACAGAGGAGAGCUCUACCUCCCCUACGUGGGAUACCUUCCCAACAAGGUCCGCAACCACUUCAUCGCCGCCGUGGGCGAGUUUGUCGGCACCUUUCUCUUCCUCUUCUUCGCCUUUGCCGCUACCCAGGUCGCCAAUGCUGCCCAUUCUGGUGCCCAGCAGAACAAGGAUGCUGAGGACAAGCACUCCAUUGCCGAUAUCCCCGACACUGCCUCCCUUCUCUACAUUGCUCUCGCCUUUGGCUUCAGCUUGGCUGUCAAUGCCUGGGUCUUUUUCCGAAUCAGUGGUGGUCUCUUCAACCCUGCCGUCACACUUGGUCUCGUCCUGAUUGGCGCUCUCAAGCCCAUGCGCGCCGUUCUCAUCUUCGUCGCCCAGCUGCUUGGUGCCAUGGCCUCGGCUGCACUUGUCUACGUCCUCUUCCCUGGUGACCUGCAGGUUGCUACCACACUUGGUGGCGAAACCUCCAUUGUCCAGGGUCUCUUUAUCGAGGCUUUCCUAACUGCCGAGCUUGUCUUCACCAUCAUCAUGCUUGCUGCCGAAAAGCACAAGGGUACUUUCCUCGCCCCCAUUGGUAUUGGGCUAUCUCUUUUCAUUGCUGAGAUGACUGGUGUCUACUUCACUGGCGGCUCGCUCAACCCUGCCCGUACUUUCGGUCCUUGCGUUGUCCUCCACUCGUUCCCCGGAUACCACUGGAUCUACUGGCUCGGUCCCGCCAUGGGUAGCGCAAUGGCUGCCGGCUUCUACCAUCUCAUCAACAUUCUCGAGUACGAAACCGCCAAUCCCGGCCAGGACUUCAACGAAAAGGAGAUGGAGCACUUUGUCUUUGACGAGGAAAACGCCCACACUGGUGCCGAUGUCGCCCGUCCCGAUCCCGUUCAGGAGGUCCUUGCUGAGGCCCUCAGCCCCGAGGCUUCUGGUGACCUCCUCCGCGGACGCUCCCCCAACGGCCUGCCCUCCACUAGCCCCAAGGGCCUUCUCGACCGUAUUGCUAGUGCCAGUGCCAGAAAGUCUGUGUCGCCAUCUCCCCCCUCUGAAUCCGCCAAAGAUGCCACUGUCGACACUGCUCCGUUGUCUAACGUCAAGAUUGACUAAGAGCGACAAAUCUUUGCUCGCUCCUAUUUGUCUUUGUAUUGACAAGACGCUAACCUUUGCUUUUUUUGUUCCUGCAUUUUUACCGCUACAACGGCCCAUGGCAUCAUGCGCCAACAAUGUUUAAUGAAUAUUACAAAACCAUCCAGCACCGCUGAAUCGGUAGUCUCCUUCGGAUCCAUAUCCGAACCAGAUACAAGUAUUUAUGCCUAUGAGAGGAAAAGAAUGGCAAUGCCUUUAUUGGUCUUGUCCUGUAACUUGGAUAGUUUAGGGGGGAUGGCGCAACAACAGAACUCCCCCAUCAGAAGUGGGAGUUCGGAAGGGGCAGGGAAAAAAGUACACUCAUUUAUUUGCACGAUGUCGCGAAUCAGCGACAUCUCAGGCGCAGGAUUGAUUGGUAACAUUUAACAUAUCUAAAGAGUAUAUACGUCUCCAACAUAUCUUGAAAUUUAGCCUCCCAUUUGCAUCU